CCGGCCGCCCCCUCACUCAGUCCGACCUCGCUGGCGCCGCACUGGUCGGCCCGCCGGCAGCUUCUGGAACUGACUCGGUUCCCAGAACACGAACCGCUCGGAUGUCUAGGUGAAGUAAGCGCCGGCCUGACCCGGGGAAAGCAGCGGGGGGCUCAGCCUCCAGAGGAGCUAAGACUGAGCCGAAGAGCCCGAACCGCUUGGAGCGUUGGCUCCCGUCGGGACGAAGGGGACUGGUCCCCAGCGCACGUGGAAAGCAGGGGGCGGUUGGCCGCACAGCCCACCUCAUCUAAUACCCAGCGGGACGGUGCCUGGAGGCAGGCACCUCUGCUCGCCUAAUGCGGAGGGGGAGGCAGCCUGGAAUUGACAUGUUGUGUGAACCAGGCUGUCAGCUGAAGAGAGGUGACACUUCUCAGCAGAGCAGGUUCCCUGGAUGGUUCUUUAUCAACUGUUUGGGAUGGAAAGAGGCCUCUGGCAGAAGGCGGUGUUUGCACAGUGCUGCAAGUCGAAAAGCCACGAACUGCAUCUUCGCUGCCAUUUGAACUGAUUUCAAGCUUCCUGAUGCACAGUUCCCGCUCCAGAUGGCAGCCUGUGUGGGACGGGAUGUCGCAGGAAGCCUGAGACUGAUUCAAGAGAAAUUGGCUGACGAAAGGCAUGAAGCGGAAGUGGAGUGAAGAGGAGGCUGGGCCUGCUGCAGCCACGCCGUGCAGCUCUCUCUUCAGCCUGUCUGUCUCCAAGCUCCACCAAAGCCUGCAGCACGUUGAGCCCAACCUCCGGCACCUGGUGCUGGUGGCCAACACCCUCCGUCGCUGCCAGGGUGAGAUGCAGCCAGUGCCUGCCCCUGUUCUCCAGGCCACCUUAGGCCAGGAGGGCCCUUGUCCUGGGGGCAGCUCCAUCUCCAUGCCCAGCGUCCUGGCUUGCCGUCUGUCGGAGCCCAGCUGGAGGCUGCCGUCAUUGCCUUCUCUCUCCCCACAUGUGGACGAACGCCUUCUUUCCACUGCUGACUCAUCUGCCUUCCCCACCUUUUUGGAGGACUCGAAUGACAUUGCUCAGCCUGAAGGGCCCCAUCUGUGUUUACUCAGCCCUGAGGCUGAAAGGCCUUCCCACCCUUGCCCUUCUAGCACCCUGGAGCUUCUGAGCCCUGCUGGCUACCUUCUGGAAGAUGGCCUGGAGGGUGUCUUUGAAGACAUUGACACCUCCAUGUAUGACUGUGAUCUGUGGCUGCCCACCAGCCUUCCCAACUUCAAGGAGGCCUUCUGCUCACCGGGAGAGCAGAGGCCAGAUCUGGCAGAUCUUGACUGUCUCAUGGACAUGCUUGUGGGGGUACAGGAACUAUGAGGGCACUGAUCAAAGUAAAUUGUGGUCCCAAGUCACCAGCGGAGAGUGGUGGAAAUGAGGGUUGACAAUCCCAGACAAAGAGCCAUUGCCAUAGAGAACAAAGUUUUCAUUAUAUCUUCUAUAAGACUGUUCCUGAAUGCCUCACAUGGCUACCUUUUUGGAAGCUUUCUCAAAAGAAAAGCGACCAACUUGAAAUAAGUUGGGUACUAUACUUGCUGUCGUCAGUUUCAGUAAUAAUCUAGGAUAAACAGCUGUCUGCUAUGGCAAAGUUCUGCAAUAGCUUUUUAGACAUUUUUCUGGAAUUCAGCAGGGAUCUUUUUACUUGCACAAAGGGCUAGAUUUGUCUGGGUUGGUGGGCAGGAAUAUGCUGGGCCUUUGAGUCUUAGGACCCAGAACACCUGCUUUUGAGAGACAGCGCCCACCCCGUUGGCCCCUGCCUGCUUUCUCCUCCCUCCCCCAGGGAACCCUCCUGAGCUGCCCAGGCAAGGGAGGGUGGCUGGGCUGGACCUCUUUAUGUGCGUAGGCAGGAGCUGCUCGCGCAAGGUUGGGCAGCCAACAGUGGUGAGACAGAGGGUAGUUUGUUAUAUGAGCAUCAAGUGCUAAAAGAGGUGAAAAGCUGCUUCCUGUUAAAUUGCUUUGAAAGGAUUCAACACCUUCAUGUUGGAAUUCUGUGUACUGUAUUCUGUCUGUCUGAGAACCAGGGACAGGAAGAGGGUCUUUGCUGGUACGGGGUUUUCUUUCUUGCCCCCAAGCCCACCCAGAGAACACCCAGCUGCUUCCCUCUUGUCUUGAAACGGUCACAUCGGUUGGGGCAGCUCACCCUCUGUGCUGGAUGGCGAUCUUGUUCAGGGAGCAAGCUAGAAUUCCAGCCUGCACUUUGGAGUUUCCUCAUUUGGGGCUGGCAAGGGAGCAGGAAGGGAAAGGAAGAGCAGCUGAGGGAGACUGUUUGUGGGGCAAGGGUGGAUGCUUCCAGGAGGGAUGGGACUUUCCUGAGAUUGGAAAGUGUGCACAAGCCACAGGCAUACAGGUUGAGGCCCGUGUGCAUAGAUCCAAAGUAGCUGCUGGAGUGGAGAACAACUCCAGGACAGAAAGGUUUGUGCAGCUUGCAAAUUCUGAAUUGGUCUGGGGUUGAUUUAAGGUUAAGAAUGUAGAACUACAUUAGAUUAGACCAAAGGGGACCCAUCUAGUCCAACGUUUUUUCUUCCGCAGUGACAAGCCAACUGUGAAUGAAGUAUGCUGUGUUUUUUGUUAUCCUCUGGCUGAUAUAGUGCUGCUGCUAAAGGAGAUUCCAAGUUGCUUGUCUUCCAAUAAUUGGAGCUAUAAAUCUAUCUUUAAAUUGUCUAAGCAAGUGACUGUUCCCAACUUUUGCAGUGGAAUUCAUGGUUGUUGGAUUUGAACAAUACAUUAAACCAUGUUCUGAUUA